AUGCCGACUCCUCAUGUCACGCCCUUUGUGCUUGGCGCAAACAGCUUCUACCACCACCCAGAGAAUGAUUAUUUGGAGUACUUCUCCCAGGCGGGAUUCGACAUGGACCAUAUCCAAAUGAAGCGCAAUGCUCCCGUGGCGGAACUGUACGAAGACGCCGUCAAAUAUGAAGGGGCGAUUAUCUCCUCGACCGGAGCACUCAUCAACUUCUCCGGGAAGAAGACCGGUCGUAGUCCUAAGGAUAAGCGCAUCGUCUACGAGGAGACGUCCAAGGAUGACAUUUGGUGGGGCCCUGUAAACAUUAAAAUGGACGAACACACCUUCGAAAUCAACCGCGAGCGUGCGAUUGACUACUUGAACACUCGUGAUAACGUCUACGUUUUCGAUGGCUUUGCAGGGUGGGACCCCAGAUAUCGCAUCAAGGUCCGGGUUGUAUGCGCUCGUGCAUACCAUGCAUUGUUCAUGAACAACAUGCUCAUCCGUCCCACUGAGGAAGAGCUUGCUAACUUCGGGGAGCCCGAUUUUAUAAUCUACAACGCCGGACAAUUCCCCGCUAACCGCUUUACCACUGGCAUGACCUCAACCACCUCGGUCGAGAUUAACUUCAAGCGGAUGGAGAUGGUUAUCCUUGGCACCGAGUAUGCUGGCGAGAUGAAGAAGGGAGUCUUCUCUGUCAUGCAUUUCUUGCAACCCGUCAAGUUCGGUCAACUGUCCCUCCACUCAUCUGCUAACGUCGGUGAGGAGACGGGUGACGUCACACUCUUCUUCGGUCUUUCGGGAACCGGCAAGACCACCCUCUCUGCCGAUCCGAACCGCCUACUAAUUGGUGAUGAUGAGCAUGUCUGGUCCGACACCGGUGUGUUCAAUAUCGAGGGCGGGUGUUACGCGAAGUGCAUCAACCUCUCUGCCGAGAAGGAACCUGAAAUUUUCAACGCCAUCCGUUUUGGCUCCAUCCUCGAGAACGUCGUCGUGAACCCCGCCAACCGUUUCGCUAACUUCGAUGAUGUCUCGAUUACUGAAAAUACGCGUUGCGCGUACCCCAUCGAAUACAUCCCUAAUGCUCAGAUUCCCUGCGUUGCGCACCGGCACCCAAGCAACAUCAUCAUGUUGACUUGUGAUGCUUAUGGUAUAUUACCGCCUGUCAGCAAGCUGACCAGCGCACAAGCUCAAUACCACUUUUGGCUGGCUACACCUCGUCAUAAAACUCCUGGAACUGAGGAUGGCGUCCUCGAGCCUAUCCCCACAUUCUCGACAUGCUACAGUGCUCCCUUCAUCGUCCUUCACCCCGGUCGCUACGCCUCCAUGCUCGCCCAAAAGAUGGACGCACAUAAAGUUGACUGCUGGCUCGUCAACACUGGCUGGGUCAGCGGCAAAUUUGGCACUGGUUCGCGUUGCCCGCUUAGGUACACUCGUGCAAUCAUCGACGCCAUUCACGACGGCACACUUGCUCAGGCUGAGUACGAGACCUACGACGUCUUUGGGUUGCAGAUCCCCAAGUCGUGCAAGGGUGUUCCUACUGAUGUCCUGGAUCCCAAGAAGGCGUGGGCGAAUGGCGAGGCAUUUGAGAAAGAACGCAAGAGGCUCGCGAACAUGUUCGUGAAGGCAUUCAGAGGCUUCGAAGAUCAAGUCGACGAUGUCGUCAAGCACGCCGGACCCAACUCUACUAUUGUGUGA